GGAGGAGGAAGAAAAGAUGUGUGUUUAAAAAGGGUGUGUUGUUGGUGUUUGGAAGUCUCAGGCAACUUAAGGACACGGUGUCAUACUCAGUGAGCAGACCACUGUGGAGGAUUAAACCAGGUUUACAGCAUUGAUCAGGGGGGUCAGAUGGCUGAGGAGAUGCAGCUCAGUAGCAGCAGUGGCGGUGGUGAGAGUUUGACCGAGUUUCAGCAGCUGUGGGGGAGUAUGUCCACCCAGUUCAACCGGCUCUACGAAGACCCCAGGGUAACACGGCUGAUGAACACCCGCGUGGGGCUGUACCUCAGCAGUCACCCAGUGUUGGCUCUGACAGCGGUGCUCUUCAGCGCCCUGGCUGUACUUCCUGUCGGACUUUUCCUCUCUUUCGCUGUAGUGACCAGUCUUAUGUCGGCUGCAGGUUUUGUUUUCUUUGAAGUGUUUCUGUUGUUUAUAGGAGGGGUGACUCUACUGAGCGUGCUCGCUGGCAUUGCUCUCUUCUCUGUCGUGGCUUCAUUCAUCACUAAUGUGCUCUAUUUCAUCGUCUCCAACAUCCUCAACAACUAUUACCCCAAACUCAUAAUGGGUAACGUGCAGGAGGAGCAGAGUCAAGGUGAGACAUCAGGACAGAAGCAGAAGUAGAAGCUGAUUUUCUGACUUUUUUUAUUGCCAACGUUUUUUGUGGAAAAGCUCAAUAAUCUCAGUGAACUGGUGCCUUAAUUAAGGAUUACUAAGGCUUUGUGGAUUGGGAUUCAGAGGACUUACAGUAUGUUAAACAUGCCAGGUCUGCAUCUGCAAUUAAAAUAGACCAUGAUGGUUACUGUACAUGCAAACCUCCAUUUAUUACCAAAUAUUUUUAUUUAAGGGUCAUCAUUUUAAUGUUUCCAUACAGCCAAAGUAAGAAAUAAGUGUUCUUUAAAGGCCUUAAAAGACAAAUUUCUAUAUAAUUUGUGCUUUUCUUUUCUGUUAAAUUGUCAUUUAGAGAAGAUCAGGAAAAGCAGAGUGAUUUAAGUUAUACAAGAAGUCAUGCACUAAUCCAGUGUGGAUAAUGGUGUUAAAUCUUUAAAUGUCUGUGUUUGUGUGCAGAUUUAUAAUGCACAUGCCUGUUAGGCAAAAUUUGCACUAUGAAAUGAGAAUUACGUGCUCAUGAGAAGCAGUUUUUACAUCUGCAGUUGGUCUUUGGAGGGUCACUUUUAAAAGAAACUACUUAAAAAUGUCACUGUAGAUUUUAAUUGCCUGGUAAAGGUCUGUUACAUUUGAUGACUGUUUCUAUUUUUUAAUGUAAGAAUUAAAGGCCAUAGUUAAGCCUUAAUAGAGCUCUAAACACUGAAAAGAUGCAGUUACAAAACUAAAGUUUUAAGUUUUUCACAAAAAGCCAGAUAAAAAGCAUGUUUUGUCUUUCUAUUCACAGAUUUUGAUUUUUUUUUUUUUUUUUUUUUACAGUCAUUUAAAUAUUUUUCGUAAAACAGUUGAGUUUAGGGACUUAAAUGAUGUACUCUAAUGCUGCAAAAUCACUACAUGUAACUACCAAAGACUAUAUGUAUGUCCAUACACACUCAUCAGAGUAAAUGCAUUAUUCAAAGAAAUGAAUGUAUUCUUGGUGCUGGCUCAUUAUAUGUCAAAGAAAUCCUGUCCUGACUCCUGCAUGUUAAGAUUGAUGUACAAUUUCCUUUUGUAUCAACGGGAUACAGCUUGCAAACACUCCAUGUGUGUCAGUGUAAGUUUAACAUGUGCGUUUUGGUAAUUAAUGCUAAUAAAC